CCUACCUCAACUUCGGGAAAUUGUUUGAAUUUUCUUCAAAUAUAUUCAAAGAAUUGGAAUUUGGAAGAGUUAUUUUAAUUAUUUGAAUAUUCAUUCAGUAAAAACUUUGGUUAAGCUGAUAUAAUGAAAAUAUGUUGACGAAUACUAUAAAUACCCUUAGAUAUAGCUUCUUCAGACAUCAUUUGAGAUAUUGUUCUCAAGUUUCUUGUCCAAACGAGGAAAAUGUUAUUAUUGAGAAGUUAGGAGAAAUAACGAUUAUAGGUCUCAAUAGACCCAGUAAAAGAAAUUGUUUGAAUUAUGCAACUGCAAAGAGUCUAACUGAUGCAUUACAAAGGUUUGAAGAAGACAAUUCAAGUCGCACUGCUGUGAUACAUGGAAAUGGUGGCAACUUCUGUGCUGGAAUGGACCUCACAGAAAUCACAAGUUUAGAUACAAAAAAAUUAAAUGAAAAUAAAAUUAAGCCAUUGGAGUUACCUCACAGACUAAUAAAAAAACCUCUAGUUGCAGCAUUAAGUGGAUAUGCGGUUGCUGAGGGAUUUGAAUUAGCUUUGAUGUGUGACUUACGGGUGAUGGAAGAAAAUGCAGUGAUGGGAAUGUACAAUAGAAGAUUUGGUAUAUCAUCUGCAAAUGGAGGUAUUGUUCGACUAUCUGCAAUUCUUGGACUUUCAAGGGCAUUAGAUGUUGUAUUAACAGGAAGAACUGUUACAGCCCAAGAAGCAUUCAACUGGGGACUGGUUAAUCGCAUUGUUGCUUGUGGAACAGCACUUGGUCAAGCAAUUCAAGUAGCCGGAUCCUUGGUUAAAUUUCCUCAAAAAUGUUUAUUACAAGAUAGAAAAACUUUAUAUGAAUCGGCAUUUAGACAGUCAUUUCAGGAAUUACUAGAUUAUGAAAGAAAUAAUUCAAUAUUUGAUGAAGAAUCAAUAGAAGGAGCAAAAAAGUUUGUUGAAUCAGGAAUUGGUAAACAUGGCAAAACAUAUGAUUUGAAAGAGAGAGUAAUUUCUGAUUGGGAAAAGGAAUGAGAUAUAAAGUUUUCCUGGUUUCAUCUGGAUAAUUACAAAAUCAUCAUCAUCGAUUUGAAUCAUGAAUAAACAAUAACACAAUUAUAUUUUCUCAAAGUUGAAAAGAUAUCAUGUUUUUGUUUAUUUAUAAUUACAAAAAAUGAGUCAAUUACAAAAUCAUCUUGAAUCAAAUUUUUUUAUCACAUUUUAUUUAUAAAACAAGAUAGAAAAUUAUGAAUAAAUAUAAAAUAACAAAUUCUUCAA